AUGAUUUUUACAAAAAUAUGUUUCCUGUUAGCAUUUCUAGAAUUCAUUGUAUAUGCAUUUGUGAAACACACGCUGACCUUUGAUAACUAUAUAUAUCAUAAAACAGGCAGAUUCAGAAAAAAAAAAAAAAAAAUCAACUACAGAUUGCGUAAGAGCAAGGAUGAAGAUACUGAGAGUUACAUUCCUUACAUUUACAAAGACAUCGCAUCUUCCUUAAAAGAUUUAGCGGACGAGGAACAUUCUUACAAACAACUAUUGAAUACAUAUUUUCCAGAAACGAUCGAAAGGGAAAUAAAAAAAAAAAAGGAAAAAGAAUUAAGGAAAAGGAAUGAGAAGAACAAUUUUAAGAGCAGUGAGGAGAAGGAAAAUAAAAAGGAUAUCGAUAAAAUUAUGGAAGAAAAACUAGCAGAAAAUAACAUUACAAAUUUUGAACAUAUAAGCAAAAUAAAUGAUCAUAAAAAGAAAAAUAAGAUUUUAGAUAUAGCAUAUGAUACUAUUGAAGAUUCAUUAAAAGAUAUAUAUUUCAAUAUGAAAUCAAGUGUAGAUUAUAAGGAAGAUGAUAAAACAAAUUUCUUAGAAAUUGCCAAAAGGGAAAAAGAUAUGUUAUACGAAGAACUUAUAAAUAGACCAGCCCCAAUAAAUAAUAACACAACACUUGAUUUAUUUGGAGUUUUUUAUGAUGAUAAAGAUUAUGCAGACGAAAAAAAACUGUUAGCAGUAAUGAACAAAAUGUUAAAUUUAGAACCGUUUAAAAGCAACAAAGGUAAUGUACUGCAAACGGUAGAUACACUUUUAAAGAAGAACAAACUUCCCAUCCAUAUUCGUAAUUUUUUGCUUAAAUAUAGACGUGUAGCAGAAAAGUUUACUGAUAUAAAGGAAGAGAUAACUCCAGAAGGUAUAAUUCCUAAAAGUGUUAAAGAAUUAUCUGGGGUAAAUGACGACACUCAUGCUGAGCACAUCGAAAGGGGCAGUUUAGAGGGGCACGGGAAGGAUGCCCCAAAUGAUAUAAACAUUGGUAAAACAAAAAAAGAUCAAUCAGUUGACCAUGAUCAAAAUGUAAAAAAAGAGGAACUAAAUGAAACGGAACAGGGGAUAAAAAGUGAAGAUUUUUUUAGGGAUGUUAAUAAAGUUAUUAUGACUUUACAUAACAAUUUAAAUAAGGAAAAAUUAAUAAGGAAAGACCAACAUUUUGUAGAUGAAUUGUACGAAGCUUAUAAAAAGCACCUGAGGUGUAUGCACAUUAAACGAAACAAAUUAGAACCGCAGAAAAACAAUUAUGAUUUCUUAGCAUUUGUCCAUGAACAUUUUGAAGAGUAUUUUUUUUUCAAAUAUGGAAAUUUCGAUUACAAUUUUAAUGAAAGAGUACAAAGUAUUAAUAGCAAAAUGAAAAGUGACAAGAGCUUUAUUGGGUCAGAACAAGCAUCGGACAUUGACGGCAGUGGCCACGGUAAAAAGGGUUUAGACAAAAAGAAAAAGGGAAAGGUAUCAUCUGGCAAUUUUCAUUGCGCAUCCGAAUUUGCUCCGAAUCCCACAUCUGAUCAGACAUUUGAGCCCACAUAUGAUUCCACAUCUAAUCCCACAUAUGAUUCCACAUCCAAUCCCACAUAUGAUUCGACACCUAAUCCCAUAGAUGACUCCACGUGUGCACCCAAAUUUGAAAUAAUUCCGAGCACUUACAACAACGAGCUACAGGGGAUAAAUUGGAGAAGUAAGAGAAACCCAAACAAAGAGUGUGGCAUCUUAAAAGGAAUAAAGGAACAUAAAAACAUGAGAAAACAUGUACUUGUGGAUAUAAUACAGAAUUAUGAAAAAAGAAUGUACGACAUAUAUAAACCAAAUGAUGCAAUAACGAACAUGUAUGGGUUUAACAAUUAUAUAGAUAAUGAACAAUAUGAUAAAGAAAUUAAUAUAUCAUUCAAUAAAUAUAGCAUAUUAAAUUACGAUAGUAAGGAAGAAUUAAAUAAAAAGGAGAAAUUAUAUGUUGGUAAAUUAAUAUUUGGAAAGAUUUUUAAAAUAGAAAAAACUUUUGCAUAUGUUGAUAUAAAUUAUGCAUUUUAUGCAGAAUUGCAUGAAGAUCAAAUGCCCUACAACAUUAAGAAGAUAAAAAAUGUAUUUCAAGUGAAUGAUAAAUUAAUAUUUGAAAUAUAUAAAAUGUAUCCUAAUAAAAUUUUAUUAACUUUAAAAAAUAUCCAAAAAGUUAAUGACCUUAAUAGGAUUUUACAUUUCAAGACACAAGACAUACCCUUUGAGGUUCAAGUUAUAACAGUUUUAAAAAAUGGAAUAAGUGUUUCAUACAAUGACAUUUAUACAUUUAUUCAUAUAUCUUCCAUAUCAAGUAAAUACAAGACAAAAAUAGAUGAUAAUGAAAAAAUUGACGAAUCUUUAGUUAAAAAAAAAAUUAAGGUAAUCUGCACAGAUAUUAACAAAUUAAAUUUUUCGAAUUUAAUAUAUGAACAAAAUGAACAAUUAAAAAAAAUGAACAUAUACGAUAUUAUUAAUGUUGAAAUUAUACACAUAUCUAAAUAUGGACUGAUGGUAAAAUGUGAUGAUAUAGUUGGUUUGAUUCAUAUAUCAGAAAUUUCCAAAAAAAAAAUUGAUGAUUUAAAUGGUAUAUUCAAAAUUGGUGAUCAGUUAAAAGGUAUUUUAAUAAAUAUAGAUUAUGACAAUAAGAGAUUUUCCUUAUCAACCAAAAUUUUAGAAAUAAAUGGAAAAAAUUUUAUUGACCAUAGAACCUACAUAUAUGAUAAUAUGCAAUUUAUUGCAAAUGAUAUUAAGAAGAGGAAUACAUCUUUACGAAUUAAUGAUUCCAAUAUUAAAAACCAAUUACUUUCUCUCAUCGAUAUUUACAAAACGGAGGAAAACGACACAAAAAAUGAUAAGAAAGCGAAUACUUCUAAUCUUUUGAAUCCCGAAAAUCCUACGGGUGCAGAACAGACCAUGAAAACGGAAAACUCAGAGGUUACAAAAAUGCCUAGAAAGGAAUUUCUUGUUGAGGACGCUAUCCAAGGAGAUACUAAUCUAAAAGAGAUUCAACUGGUUGAUGUAGUUCAUGAACAAAAUAAUAAUGUAAAUAAAUCGGAUACUGGUGAUAAACACAACACAAACAAAACUGAGACAAAUCCAAAAAAUCAAACUGGUACCACAGAUUUGUGCACAAAAAAUGAUCAUUUAGAGCAUAGUGCUAGGAAAAAGGGAGAAACAGAAGAAGACAGUAUUAAUAUGGACAAUGAUGAAUCCAAUAAGGAAAAAAAGGAACUUACCAUUGAUGUUCACAAUCAGUUAAUUCCAUACUUGAUGAUGAAACAGGACGAAAUUACCAAGGCAGAGAAAAGUGCCAUAGAGCAAAGCAGAGAAAUUGUUUGGAACCUGGACGAUGAUGAAUUUCUUCACUCCAAUUCCCCAACGAAUAAUACACAAUUUUUCGAAUAUCAGUGGUCCUAUUUAAAGGAUAAGAAAUGGGUAAACUUUUCCUAUUAUGUGAACAGAAUUAUGAAUUAUUAUUUCAACAUAAACGAUGAUUAUUUUACGUACAAGGAGAAGAACAUGGUGUAUGAAAUAGAUUUUGUAAAAAAUAUAAGAAUUGAUUUGAGCACGGGACUUUACAAUAAGAUUAGAAAAAUUACAAAGUAG